UGGAAGGGCCCGAAGUCGGUCAUUUAUGUGCAAGUUGCAAAAAUAACAACUCAUCUCGAUAGGACUGCUUCCCGAGCAGGGCUUGAAAAUCAGAGCUUAGACUCAAGUGAUUAUUAUACGGAUACCUUGGUCUACCCUUGUAUAUCAUGGCGUGUUUUGCUGCCGCAUUUGGUGUCAUCAUUCUGUCGGGAUUCAUCAACCUCUCAGCCGAAAACAAGGACAUUUGUGAUCUUCAUGAUGUAGUUGGACAGAGUCUAACUCUACCGUUUGUCUAUGCGGGACUGACAAACUCACACAUACUGAGAUGGACUCAUAAUAACACAAUCAUUUUCUACAGACAGCAAGGCAACGUGUCUGUUGGAAAGCUGGAGGACAUCUCUGCAACCGGAUCUCUUUUGCUGAAGAACCUCAAAUUCUCAAGUGCAGGAACUUACCAAGCAAACUUGUUGAGUACCGAUGGUAAACUGGCUAAAUCAUGGAAUGGUCGUCUCUGUGUGAUGGACAAGGUCUCAAAACCUAAACUCACUUACACGUGUGACCCCAAGUCUGGUGCUGUGAAUCUAAAUUGCCAUGAAGCUAAACCUCAGGUUUUGGUGUUCUCAUGGAUGCUCAAUGGAAAGACCUUAACAGGCGAAACAAGACAAACACUGAGCAUAUCCCUGGACCGGCUGAAAGGGGAGAGGAGCUUCGCAUGUAGCGUAGCAAACAAAGGCAGCAAGGAGACGAGUGACACUGUUCGUCCAACCUGUAAAAGUCCACCACCACUAACACCAGCUUCGUUCUGUUUUACACACAAAACUGUUAUGGCAGUGAUAGCAGGAGGAGCAGGUCUCAUUCUACUUUUGCUCACCAUAAUAAUCACAUUAUGCUGCUGCUACAGACGCAUCAAAACCCAAAUGAGACGCAGGGAUGAAGAGGAGCUGAGGAUGGUUUCUCUAAACAAACGAGAGCCUGGCUCCAUCAACUAUGAGUACGAGACUAUGCAACCGACUGAGGAGCCUCUACCGCCGGCUCCCAGUUCUUCACCCAAAGCCUGUUACGAGAGUGUUUCUCAGCCUGAAGCUCAGACUGAAAACAAGCCUGCGCAGCUGUCCACAGCUGCUGAAGGACUUCGACCUUCACCUGUGCCGAAGCCGAGGACGAAGACCUCCCAGACACCAAAUGUCUGAAUGUACCUUCCUCUCUUAUCAUCCUUUCAGGAACUAAGACAAAGAGGCAUGUUUUUUAUCUAUAUGAAGAAAAUUGCUUAUGAGAAUUCUUAUUUUUGUCCACAACUUUAAUCUACACAUUCUUUAUCACUUUAAUAUUUCUGUAUAUACGUAUAUAGAUGUAGUAAAUUGACAAUGGAAGUAUCUGUGUCUAGGAACAUGGGCUUAAUCGUGAUGAGCUGUGGGCCUGGGAGGUAGAACUUGAGGCAGCAUAAUCUUUAUUGUCUCAGCAACUUUAAAAGUGAUAUCGUGGCUUAUCUAUGUUGAAGGUUUGUUGUUAAUGUUUUAAAUGUAGCCAUUAUGGCGGUGGAGGGUCAAGGGUUGGUGGGGAAUAUACUGUAAAGGAGGUGUCAUCUGAUCCGUGGUACACAUUAUGAUACAAGAAACUGUGCUGGAGGAAUUUCAAUAUUGAUGUAUUGUUCUGAUUUGUUAACGUUACUGAUGGUCUUAUCUGUUUUAUUAUGAAUUCUUUCACUGCAGAGCCAUUGUGUUUCUGUGUUGUAAAUAAAGCAAUUUCCAGACAAAAAAAA